CUGUCAAGACUAGCGGUAGUGAAAGUUUCACCGGAAGUGGGGGUGAUUUGUUACAACACAAGAAGGCUGCCUGACUUUCAUUGUCGAUUGAAUGAAGCGUUGUGCUGCCACCACAAUCCCAAGUGUUCACAGCUCACUUUAGCAACUCAAUUUUAUGACUGGGAAAUAUAAUGGACCACGUCGAUAGUCAGGGCAGCGCGGCGGCUCCGGCCAAGAAGACCUGUCGGGCGUCGUUGCUCGACAGUGGGGAAGACUUUGAGGUCUUGGAAGACGGUGACAUUGACGACGACCCACCUCCCCUGGAAGACGCCGGCGAGGGUCAGGGUCGCAAGGAACCCGAAAACGAGAAGGCAGACCCCGAAGAAGCCUCGCAGGAAUGGCUGGAUGUGCUAGGUAAUGAGCAACUGAAGAAAAAGGUCUUGGUGGCAGGCAAGGGCCAGGACAGUCGUCCGACGAAAGGACAGAAUGUGACUAUUUGUCUAAAAACAUUUCUCAAGGAUGAAACACUGGUGGAAGAACACAACGAUCUGAUGUUCACUUUGGGGGACGGCGAUGUCAUCCAGGCCCUGGAUCUUGCAGUGCUGCUCAUGGAAAUGGGCGAGAAGGCGCUUAUCCAAACUGCUGCUACGUAUGCAUACGGACGUUGUGGAAGUCAUGAACCGCCCGUGCCGCCCAAUGCUGAGCUGACCCUGGAAGUGGAGCUGAAGAAAGUCUGCGACGCACCAGACGUGGAGCUGCUGGCCCCUGAAGAGAAGCUCGCGCUCGCCGAUGGAAAGAGAGAAAAGGGCAACGUCCAUUAUCAACGCGGAGACUUUGCUUUUGCCAUCAACUCAUACAGCAUCGCCCAGCAAAUCACGGAAUCCAACUCCAAAGUGGACAUAAGUCCGAGAGAGGAAAAUAAGUUGAUAGACGUACAAGUAAAGUGUCUGAACAACAUGGCGGCAGCGCAGCUUAAGCUGGACCACUACGACGCCGCCUUCAAAUCGUGCGUCGCCGCCCUCAAUUACCAGCCGGAUAACAUCAAAGCACUCUUCCGCAUGGGCAAGGUGCUGGCCUUAAAAGGUGAAUACGGAAAAGCCAUUCAAACUUUGAGAAAGGCACUGAAGCUGGAACCCAGCAACAAGACGAUCCACGCGGAGCUGUCCAAACUGGUGAAGAAACACUCGGAGCAGAAAGGAGCCGAGCAGGCCAUGUAUAAAAAGAUGCUGGGCAACCCCGCCAGCAGCAGCCCACACAAACACUGGACCAAGGCGUCAUGGGGUCUCAGCUGGAAGUGGUUAUUUGGCGCCACAGCAGUCGCCAUCGGCGGCGUGGCCCUAUCGGUGGUCUUGGCUGCCAGAAAUUGAAGCCCCCCCUCUCGCCUUUUUUUUGGCUAGUGAACGGACCAAGAAAGAAGCACAUCUGGUACUGAGGACAUGUCAAUACAGUCAAUCGGAUGUUUGCCGAGUUAGAGAAUUGCCGUCUGUUCAUGGGAAGUUAGAUGUACGCAUAUCUGUAUUUGUAUGUUCCCAAUUCUUAUAGCAGCUGUUAAUCUGUAAUUGUCUCUUUCUACCAAAAGACCGCUUACUAUUCAAAGCAAAGACGGCCUGCUUGAAGUACAGUUAUAAAAAGCUCAAAACCAUUGACAGUACUCCAUAAAUGUUCACAAUACAUCUAAUUAAGUGAAUUUGCAUAUAUUUGCUUACCGCUGUUUUUUUUUUUUCUUUUUAUGCUAAGGCCAAAGCUGAGUCUGAUACAAAUAUAAUUGUGACUAAUACCCAUGUUGAAAUGAGGGGAGGAGCUUCAUUUAGUCAUUUGGAUGGGAAACUAGUGUUUGUUUUUCCUUGUGUAUAAUGAGGUGGUUCACUAAUGCACUAUUUAAUGUCUGUCCACCACUUCAAUAUGGCCCAAGUCUUUUCAGUUUGUAUUUGAGAGAAUGUGUGCGUUGAAAAUGGUACAAGGUAUGGUGCGCUUAGCUAAAACAUCCAAAGCUAAACCCUUCAGAACACUGCAAGGUGAUCUGGAAUGCGGGUAAACAGUCCUACCUCGCUUUUGUCGUCAUUAACACAGGUAACGAUCCCAAAUGGAAGUUGGAAGUAUGCUCUCUCCGCAUAUAGUAAUUAACAAUUCCAAUUGAUGACGCUUAUUGCUGUGACGAUCAGGGUGGAGUGCAGCUACGCCAAAUUUUGACACUGCAGAAAGUCGAUUUAUUGUGGACAUUUUUUGUCACCUAUACCUCAGGUUUUGACCAUUUAAGACCAAAUGUUGACGAGUCCAUGAGUGGAGCGUGUGAUGUAUUUUGUUUCCUUCCUAAGUGUUAAGUUCCUCUACUGUCACUGCUUGUAGUAAAUGCACACAUCCCGCACUUGAAUGAAUCUGCUCUUAAUUCAACAAAUGCCAACAACAGUGACCAUUUUCGUGUGAUUGUAAAUUUUAUAAACAUCAGAAUAAAGUUUUUUUUCCCUGUCAUCA